UCUUCUUCCAGCUCCAUGAAGGGAUCCUGCGGCCUUGGAGGUGGCGCCAGCCGUGUCUCCUCCGUCCUGGCCGGCGGCGGCUAUGGCAGUGGCUACGUUGGCAGCAGCUUUGGCGGAGGCCUGGGUAGUGGCUUUGGCGGAGGCCUGGGUGGCGGCUUCGGUGGGGGCUAUGGCGGGGGCUUCGGUGGGGGUCUUGGCGGUGGCUUUGGUGGUGAUGGGCUCCUGGCCGGUGGAGAGAAAGUGACCAUGCAGAACCUGAACGACCGUCUGGCCACCUACCUGGACAAGGUGCGCGCCCUGGAGGAGGCCAACGCCGACCUGGAGAUCAAGAUCCGUGACUGGUACCAGAAGCAGAGGCCCACCGAGGCCCGGGACUACAGCCCCUACUACAAAACCAUCGAGGAUCUGAGAAACAAGAUCCUCGCGGCCACCGUGGACAAUGCCAGCGUCCUCUUGCAGAUUGACAAUGCCCGCUUGGCAGCCGACGACUUCCGCACCAAGUAUGAGACUGAGCUGAAUCUGCGCAUGAGCGUGGAGGCCGACAUCAACGGGCUGCGCCGUGUCCUGGACGAGCUGACCCUGUCUCGGGCCGACCUGGAGAUGCAGAUCGAGAGCCUGAAGGAAGAACUGGCCUACCUCCGCAAGAACCACGAGGAGGAGAUGAACGCCCUGAGGGGCCAGGUGGGCGGAGAUGUCAACGUGGAGAUGGACGCUGCUCCUGGCGUGGACCUGAGCCGUAUCCUGUCUGAGAUGAGAGACCAAUAUGAGAAGAUGGCGGAGAAGAACCGCAAGGACGCAGAAGACUGGUUCUUCAGCAAGACUGAGGAGCUGAACCGUGAAGUGGCCUCCAACAGCGAACUGGUCCAGAGCAGCAAGACCGAAAUCUCGGAGCUGCGACGCACCAUGCAAAACCUGGAGAUCGAGCUCCAGUCCCAGCUCAGCAUGAAAGCCUCUCUGGAGGGCAGCCUGGAAGAGACCAAAGGACGCUACUGCAUGCAGCUCGCGCAGAUCCAGGGCCUGAUCAGUAACGUGGAAGAGCAGCUGGCCCAACUGCGCUGUGAGAUGGAACAGCAGAACCAGGAGUACAAGAUCCUGCUGGACGUCAAGACCCGGCUGGAGCAGGAGAUUGCUACCUACCGUCGCCUGCUGGAGGGCGAGGAUGCCCACCUCUCCUCUGGCUCCCACUACUCAUCCGGCUCCCAGUCCUCCAGAGACGUCACCUCCACCAGCCGCCAGGUGCGCACCAUCGUCAAGGACGUGCAUGACGGCAAGGUGGUGUCCAGCCACGAGCAGGUGCUCCGCAGCAAGAACUAA